AUGUCCAACUCCGCCCUCAUCUUCAAGCAAGUCCCCACUGGCUUCUUUGUCCCUGGCCAGGAUGUCACCGUCGAGCCGGUCUCGUACGAUGGCAAUGCCCCGGCCCCGGAGAACGGCAUCUUCGUGCAGUCCCUGUAUGCCAGCUUCGACCCCUACCUCCGCGGCCGCAUGCGCCCCGCCCACAUCAAGUCCUACUCGCCUGCCUUUGCCCUGGACAGCCCGAUUGAGAACGCCGUGAUCGCCAAGGUCCUCCGCUCCAACGCGGCCGCCUACAAGGAGGGGGACCUCAUCAUCGGCUACCUCCCCAUCCAGCAGUACAUCUCCGUGUCGGCCGAGCAGCUCGUCAAGGUCCGCGCCCUCGCCAACCCCCUCGGCAUCGAGGAUGUGCGCGUCUUCCUCGGCGCCCUCGGCAUGCCCGGUCUGACGGCCUACUCCUCCCUGUACGAGAUCGGCAAGCCCAAGAAGGGCGAGACGAUCUUCGUGUCGGCGGCCAGCGGGGCCGUCGGCCAGCUCGUCGGCCAGCUGGCCAAGCACGAGGGCCUGACGGUUAUUGGCUCCGUGGGCUCCGACGAGAAACUCGACUUUAUCAUCAACGAGCUGGGCUUCGACGGGGGGUUCAACUACAAGACGGAGAAGCCGGGUGACGCGCUAGCCCGUCUGGCCCCUCAGGGGAUCGAUAUCUACUACGAGAACGUGGGUGGCGAGCACCUCGAGGCGGCGUUGGCCGCGAUGAACGACUUUGGUCGGAUUGUCGUCUGCGGGAUGAUCUCGCAGUACAACGGCGGUGGCUACCCGAUCAAGAACAUCACCUACGUGCUGACCAAGCGUCUGGACAUGCGUGGAUUCAUCGUGGGUGACAAGGGUAUGGGGGAUAAGUACACGCAGGAGCACCAGGAGCGGGUGCAGAAGUGGAUCAAGGAGGGCACCUUCAAGUCAUUGAUCCACGAGACGGAGGGCAUUGAGAAUGCGCCGGAGGGAUUGUUGGGAAUUUUCCACGGCAAGAACCUGGGCAAGGCGGUGCUCAAAUUUUAA